AGAUUAAAAAUAAGGAGCAAGACAAAUUGAAAGGAGGUAGUAUUACCCAAUUUCUGCAAAUCGAGUGACAGGUUAUAUACUCUUUUCCCCAAUUCCCAAAGAGCGCCGAUAUCAAUCAAUCUUCUCCUAUUCUGUGUGAGAGCUCGAGCUCGGCUGAGAACGAAGAUGCAGGCCAUCACGAGAAAACUAGGGCACCAAUCUUUGAAACAUCAUUCGCCUGCCAUUUCAUCAUUCAAGUCUCUCUAUCCCCUUACUGAUGAUCACUACUAUGGUUAUCUUACUCCGCGCUUCGCAUCUAACCUUGCCACCGGGGGUACGGGACCUCUAAUUCGCAAGGGAACUGGUGGAAGAUCAUCCGUUAGUGGAAUCGUUGCUACAGUCUUUGGAGCUACUGGAUUUCUUGGGCGUUAUCUUGUGCAACAGCUUGCUAAAAUGGGCAGUCAAGUCUUGGUUCCUUUCCGUGGAUCUGAGGAUUCUCCUCGUCAUCUUAAGUUGAUGGGUGACUUAGGACAGAUUGUUCCUAUGAAAUACAAUCCCCGGGAUGAAAAUUCAGUUAAGGCAGUGAUGGCAAAAGCUAAUGUUGUGAUCAAUCUCAUUGGAAGGGAUUAUGAGACAAGAAAUUACAGCUUUGAUGAAGUCAACCACCAUAUGGCUGAACAGUUUGCAAUGAUUGCCAAAGAGCACGGUGGUAUCAUGAGAUUUAUUCAAGUUUCUUGCUUGGGGGCAUCUCCUGCAUCCUCAUCUAGACUGCUCAGAGCCAAAGCUGCAGGGGAAGAAGCUGUUACACGAGAACUUCCUGAGGCGACCAUAAUGCGACCAGCUGUGAUGAUCGGUACAGAAGAUAGAAUUCUGAAUCCAUGGGCAUUCUUCACAAAGAAAUAUGGUUUUCUCCCUCUAUUUGGAGGUGGUUCAACAAAAAUUCAACCUGUAUUUGUUGCUGAUGUUGCUGCGGCAAUUGUUUCUUCUUUGAAAGACAAUGGCACCAGCAUGGGAAAAGUUUAUGAACUUGGUGGCCCAGAUAUUUACACUAUGCAUGAUUUGGCAGAACUCAUGUUUGAUAUGAUCCGUGAAUGGCCACGCUAUGUGAAUGUUCCUUUCCCUAUUGCUAAGGCUAUUGCAUCUCCUCGAGAAUUUUUGCUCAACAAAGUACCAACUCCAAUGCCUGUCCCUACAAUAUUUAAUCUGGAUGCGAUUGAAGCCUUUGCCACGGACAACGUUGUAUCAAAAGAUGCUUUGACUUUUGAAGAUCUAGGGCUUGCGCCACACAAGGUGAAGGGAUAUCCAGUUGAAUUUCUUAUCCAGUAUCGUAAAGGUGGACCAAAUUAUGGAUCAACAGUUAGUGAAAAAAUGUCUCCUGAAUCUUAUCCAUGAGGUUCGUUGGUCUAAGCAUGAGCACAAUUUGGAUGAUAUUUGAAAGAUUAGUGCAGUUAAUUUCAGCUUCUUUUACAAGAUUUCUGGAGUAGAGCCGUGUUCAGCCAGACAAACAGGAAAAAUAAAUGCAAAGGGAGUUUUUCAGCAAAUGAAUGUUGUGAUGCUGAGACCUAUUACUCCUUUUCCCGGAGGAGUUGACUAUAAUUUUGGUGCUUUUUGCGCUGUCGUCUCAAUGAGACCAAUUGUAUUUUCUUUUACCAGAGCUCACUCCUGUGUUCUCCCUUUUGUAUUUCACCCAAGUUAACCAAGAAAAAGUGGAACGUGAUUGUAGUGUCAGGGGAACUACUUUAAUCAUCACCCCGUUCUAUUUGGUUCAUAUAUAUCUACUAAAUAAGGGAACAAAUUACACACUA